AUGUGGGAGCAAUCUCUUAGUGGUCUCAUCAAGGCUCUUCGUUCGAGUAAGGACGACGAGAAACGCGUAAUUCAACAAGCUUUAUCAGAGAUCGCACAAGAAGUCAAGUCAACCGAUCUCGACCUCAAGGCUGCUGCAAUCUUGAAACUCUGCUAUCUCGACAUGCUCGGUUAUCCUCAACUGUCCUCUUACAGCUUCAACGUGGUGGAAUGCAUGUCAAGCAACAAGUUUUACAUCAAGCAAAUCGGAUACCUUGCUGCUAGCCAGUCUUUCGGUCCUAAUACCGAGGUUUCAAUGCUUACUACAAACCUAGUCAAGAAGGACUUAGUAUCGCAUUCAAGCCAGCCAAUGUCUUUUCUCAACCUAACUAAUGGCAACUUUAAUUCGACUGCCCCCGUCUUGUGCCUCGCCUUAUCCUCCUUACCUCACUUACUCAACUCGCAAAACUCAGCAGACCUCUCCUCUGACUUAGUCUCAAUGCUCAAUCACUCCAAGCCAAUGAUCAGGAAGCGUGCUGUUACUGCAAUACAUACAUUGGCGAGCGCAGAUAUGGCGCGGAUGAUAGAAGAACGGGGUGACUUGACUCGUGAUCAAUACGCUGCCUCGGCCGAUCCAGCAUCAAGUAAGACCAUGGACAUUUGGGUCGAAAGGUUCCGAGAAAAACUGUUGGAUGAUGACAUUGGUGUCGUCAGCUCAACAGUCAAUGUGAUUUGUGAAUUAGCAUCAAAGGAACCUUGGCCCUGGCUCGAGCUGGCGGCGGAACUUUACGAUUUGUUGAAGCUCAAAAAGAACAAUUGGAUGAUGAUCAAGAUCGUCAAGAUUUUUACGGUACUCACACCAAUUGAACCCAGGCUAACAAAGAAGCUACUGCCUGCGCUCAGUGAUAUUAUCUCAACCACAAAUGCCAUGUCUUUACUCUAUGAGUGUAUCCAUACGAUCUUGGCGAGUGGAAUGCUUACUCAUGCGACCUCUGCGGAAGAAAGCUACAAACUUGCCAAAAUCUGUAUCGACAAACUGGCUCACUUUCUCGAUCACGUCGACCAGAACUUACGAUAUAUGGCUCUAGUCGGCUUGAAUAAGCUAGUCCCUAGUCACCCAGAAUUACUCGAGGGGUAUUUGGAAACUAUUUUAGAACUCAUUCAUGAAGUUGAUCCUAUGCUAACCAUCCGGGCGCUGGAUCUGCUCGAAGGUAUCCAAUACCAUUCCCAAACACUGAAGAAUACUGUCGAUUACUUGGUAAACAAGCUAGAGGGACAAAAACAACACUCGACUUCCGAAGGAACGGGGCAAUCAGAUGCAGUCAAGGCCUUAAUGUCGAUUCAACUGUCCUCGAAACCUUCGCAUCUUUCGCCCACACUCGCCCCUAAUCACAAACUGCGAAUUAUCAAUGUCAUUAUUACCAUAUGCUCCAAAUCAGCCUAUUCACACAUUUCGGAUUUCAAUUGGUUCCUAGAAGUCUUAGUUCGUUUGAUCCGUCUCUUGGUGGCUUCGCAAAUCGAAGGCACACACACCGAGUCUAAUUCCAGCAAUACUGAUGGUUCGCACUCGGUCACCCGCUUGGCCAAUGUCUUAAUCGAUGUCUCUAGUCGAGUGAGAGACAUCAGACCGUACGCUGUGAACAAGAUGCUUUCUUUGCUACAUGAUGACACAUUCUUAGAUAACAUUUCGAAUGACUACUGCUACGUAACUGAUAUCGGAAGCUCGGCCGCUAAUUCAUAUGGACCUGACAACGAAGGAGCAUCCUCAGCUUCCAACCUCGUCACAGCAGCCAUUUGGAUAUGUGGUGAAUACAGUGACUCUGGAUAUGUGGAUCUUAAAGAUGUGAUCUCUACUUUGUUCAAGCGUCAAUUGAUCCUCGAUAACAGCUCGAGGUUGCCUCAAAUAUCUACAUUUGCUUUGCACAAUGGCCUUAAAGUAUUUGUAAAAUGGCUCAGGGAAAUAGUAGACUCUUGGUAUUCUGAAGCACACUCCGACGAAAGCUAUGCUGAAGAGGAAUUCCAAAUGGCGCAAAAUAACUCUCCGAAGCAAUCACGUGUAGAUGUUGAGCUGGGGCAGCUAAACAGGCUGGUAUCUGCUAUAACGGAUCGAGCGCGCGACCUCACCAAGCAAAAGAACUCAUGGGCAUCUUCCAAUUUCUUUCCGACGAUUGACCAUGUCCAGCUGCUGGAUCGGGCAAACGAAGUGGAUCGACUGAUGAGCUUAAUCAGUCGGGAAUUAAUUGGAUAUCGGCCUCCGACUCGUCCCCAGAUGAAAGUUCCGGAGCACCAGAAUGAAGCCUCUCACCAUGCGAUGUAUGGAAUGAGUUCAUUUGGAGAAGCGAAUCCGUUUGCGACAAGCUCCGGUAGUCCUGAUGAAGGAUUUCAUAGAUCCAUGGGAGAUAUGAACACAAGUGUCGACUCCUCGAUGACCUCUUCGAAGACAAAGCAGGUUCAGCCGCCAUAUUGGUACAAAGUUUUGUCGGAUCUUUUUUUUGUUUAUGAGUUGAAGCCGGUCGCCAAUUCUGCGCAGGCGAUGAUUCAAGCGCCUGAUGAACUGGACCUGGAUUCGUGGAUUCCUUACUUAAGAGACACCUCAGAACAAUCUCAUUCCUGUACGGGAUUAGACGAAUUCGGCCGCAAGAUCGGCGAGGAUUUUGUCAAUCCUUACCAAAGUGCUGCCUCGAAUGGGCCGUUCUUUGAUGAUCCAUCCAUCGAUCCAAAUUUCGCUCCAGAUUCGUCACGCAAAAGGAGAGCCAAGAAAAAGAAGGAUCCAAUUGACAAAGAGGCUUUGGCAAAGGCAAGGCAGGAUCGCAUCGAAAGGCAGCGAGACGAUCCAUUUUAUAUCAACACAAAGACUCGGAAAAAGCAGAAAGAAAAAGGACACGGAAACGGUCGAACGUCCACAGACUUACUAGAUAUCGACAGCAUCCCUAUUGUCAAACUCGAUCUUUCGGUAUCCCAUGAUGAUCCACCCACUGCGGGCCCUUCAUCUAUUUCAAACAGCCACCGUCCACAUCACUUACUCAAACAAACACCUUCGUCCUCUUCCUCUUUUUCUUCUGCGUCUCGAACUCCAGUCAUCGAUGCUGAGGGAGAAGUGCCUGAUUUGAGCUACCUUCAAAAGUACAAAACCAAGAGAAAAGAAGAUGGAGCACAGCAAAAACCAGUGACAGCCCUCAAAACAUCCUCCAAUCAACGAGAGCAUCUUAAUCCUAAUCCUCCAAUCUCUCUCACUCCAAACGACCAUACUCAUACUAUUGUUGCUCAUACUCCUGAAAGCAUCAAAGUUGUCAAGAAAAAAUCAUCCUCCAAGAAGAAGAAAAAAACAGACAAAAAUAUUGUCCCAGUAAUCAACUAAUUCAGACUUUGUAUUUCAAUCCAUUCCUACCCUCUUUUUUUAUUGUUUCUCUUUCUUUUCAGUGAUUGAAAAUCCAAUACAGCUCAAUCUUGUUAUUUCUUUUUCAUCCAUCCCAAUCAUGAGUAAAUAAGUUCUAAUUUCUUUUCUCCAGUUUUGUCUUUGCAUUUGAUCCAAAUGAAGUAAAUUUUAAAUAUGUAGACAAAGUUUUCAUGCUUCAGAUAAUCUAUCAU